AUGUGGAAGCAACUUGGCGGCGCAAAACAUCACUACCUUACCACUGCUGUCAAUGGAAGCCUGGAGGUUGAUGAGCCUUUGGAUCCUUCCAUCUCACCCCGCAACCUUCACGACUCACAAGCCGUCGCGAUCUCGUCGUUCGUUAUACGGUCCGCCAAAGUGCCUCUUGACUGGACCAAUAACACCGACACUCGCACUGCCAUCAUUGCCAUUGCCAAACUGCCUGCUGUAGUCUCUGACGAUGACCCUAGUUUUGGCGGAAGCAUCUUUGUGAAUCCGGGGGGGCCAGGAGCUUCGGGUGUUUCUUUUGUUCUCUCAGAUGGGCAUGAUUUGCAGCGGUACGUCGAUAAGCCUGGUCGCCGCCACUACGAGAUUUUCUCAUGGGAUCCCCGUGGUAUCGGCCGCACGACUCCGAGCUCCGAUUGCUUCCGCUCCGAUGUCGUGUCUCGCAGUGCGUGGCAGCUUGAGGCUCGUGGAAAUGGCGGGCUCGACAAGGGCCUUGACUCCAUCAGAUAUGGCCUCGCAAUGUCAAAAGCCUUGUCUCAGCGAUGCAAGGAUUCGGAGAAGCAGUGGGGAGAUGGAAUGGCGUUUGUGAAUACUCCUAGCGUGGCUCGAGAUAUGGUCGAGAUGCUGGAUAAAAUCGAUGAGUUGAGAAAACGCGAGGGCGACAGCAAAGCACAAGAUGACGCCCGUCAAGAGCUCAGGAAACGGACCGAGGAAGAUGAUGUACCGCGGCUGCAGUAUAUUGGAUUUUCCUAUGGUACAGCCCUUGGCAAUUACUUUGCAAGUUUAUAUCCAGGCCGUGUUGGGAGGAUGGUGCUCGAUGGAGUGGUUCAUGCCGAUGAUUAUGCAAAUGGUGCUGGCUGGCUUACGAAUCUUCACGACACUGAUGAAAUCUUGGAGGAAUUCUGGCGAGGCUGUCACCAAGCUGGUCCAUCUGUCUGCACCCUCGCCUCUGAUUCAGACACCUCACCUUCUGAUAUCAAAACGAGAUUCUGGUCUUGGGUGGCCGAUCUCGACGACAUGCCGAUACCCGCGCUGUCUUCUUCAGGCACUAUAGUCGUCAUCACUGGCGACGAUAUCCGUAAACUUGUUGGCUCUUCCUUCUACAAUCCUAUUCGGACCUUCAAGCUUCUGGCGACGACGCUUCACGAGGCCAUGAAGGGCAAUACGACCGAGCUCGUUAGUAGCUUGAUGAAGUUUGGCCAUAUGCCGAAUCUGGACACCGUCUGCUCCGAUAAUAACAGCACCAAACCAGCUGGUAUUCGCCCCGAGUCUCAGUCUGCUGUCAUCUGCGGUGACGGUGAUGAUAUCACUGACAAAGAUGCUGGCUGGUGGCUCAAGUAUGUCCAGCGUCAAGUGAGCAAGUCGAAGCUGUUUGGAAGCUAUUGGUCCAAUAUUCGCUUCAGCUGCUCCAGUUGGCCGUUUCGCCCCAACCUAUCGUUCAAGGGCCCCUUUACAACCCCCAAAGCGUUUCCCAAUCUAGUUGCGGGCCACCCGGCCGCUCCUCUGUUGUUUCUGAGUCCCCGUCUUGACCCAGUCACGCCACUGAACUCGGCCCGCGCAAUGGCUGCCAACCACCCUGGCGCGGCAGUCGUCGUUCAAGAGUCCAUGGGUCAUUGUGUUAUUGGCACUGCCCCGAGUGAUUGCACUAAAAGCAUUGUGGCUGACUAUUUUGAGUCUGGAACUGUUCCAUCGGAGGAAGUAGCAUGCAAGACAGAAUGUGGGCCAUGGGAUGACAGCUGCAGUGGCUAUUCUCCCGCAGCCGCAGGCACUGGUGAGUUUGCAAGCUGGCAACUCUGGGGCAACCCUCUCCUCUUUCGACAAUGA